UUUGUUUUAUUUCUGAUAUAACAUUUACUUCGAGAUAUCAUAUCAAAAUGGCGGCGCCCAUACACAUGUGAUAAGUUGUAAACAAUUAGAAAACUUUGAGUGACAAUAAAUUACAACUUAACAAACAUUUAAUUGUUAAAGGAGCAGAACUGGAACAAUAUUUAUAUCGGAGCAAUGGGUGAAUUCAAGGUUCACCAUGUUAGAUUCUUUGAAUAUACCCCACAAGCUGUGCAGUGCUUGGCUUACAACAAAGACAAAAAUAAACUAGCUGUAGCAAGGUCUGACGGGAGCAUAGAAAUUUGGAAUCUCAAUGAUUCUUGGUACCAGGAAGAUUCAAUACCAGGAAAGAAAGGCCAGACGGUUGAGGAUUUGGUAUGGCAAGGUGACCGCUUGUUUUCUGCAGGCCUGGAUGGUUACAUUUAUGAAAUAGACCUUGUUGCCUUACAAAUAAAGAGAAGCUGCCCGUCCAAUGCGGGCCCGGUCUGGUGUCUGACCUCCAACCCGGCUGGUACCCAGCUAGCCGCGGGCACAGAGGGAGCCUAUGUCGUGCUUCUUAACACUGACAGUGACACGCUAGAGUAUUCAACACGAUUUGAGGCCCAGGAAAGUAGAAUCCUGUGUCUGAGCUGGCACGCUUCUGACAGUGUGAUAGUCACAGGGGGCGUGGACAACAUCAGACUGUGGAGUACCUCGUCAGGACGUGCCUUGCAGCGUAUCACAUUGGCUCGCCAAGAUAAGCACAAGGAAACUGUUGUGUGGUGUGUAGCCUUACUGAGUGACAUGACGAUCGUGAGUGGUGACUCUCGUGGCAAGACCACUUUCUGGAAUGGCAAGCAUGGGACAGUUAUCAAGAGCAUACAGAGUCACAAGGCAGACGUGUACUGCCUAGCAGUUAAUACAACCGAGACGUGCGUAGUGUCGUCAGGCGUUGACUCAAGUGUCGUGCAGUUCAACUACAUCGCUGCGCGCGAGAACAGCGACUGGCGCGACUGGGUGGGCACCUUCCUCCACAACCACCACACCCAUGACGUACGCGCUGUACAGAUUGUGGGCAAUACCAUAGUGACAGGAGGUGUUGAUACAAACCUGAUCGAGUUUGAUGUGAAGGGAGCUAAAUUGAAAGAUUUGAAAAAAAAGGAAAGAAAAUGGAGAAGAGUGGUCUCCCUUCCACAGAGACCAGUCUGUCAGGUGGCGCCUAGUCAGAAUAUUCUGCUCCUACAGUACGCCAACUAUCUGGAAGUAUGGCGGCUUGGACACACAUCUCGCUCAGGUGUAAAUGGGGACAUCUUGCCGUUAUCUUCAAACCCAAUCAAGUUGAUACAGCUGAAAACCAAGGGAAGCAACCCAGUGUACUGCUGCGCCAUUUCCCAUGAUGCCUCACUGCUUUCCUACUCUGACAACAGCUCCAUACGCAUGUACAGAAUCACCAUGGUCAACUUGAAGAGCAUUCAGCCGGACGUAGAGAUGACCCGGAUCCCAGUAGACCCGGACAAGGCACCGGAUGGGGCCCACUGCAUGUGCUUCUUGUCGUCUGGUUCCCGUGUUGUCACGGUCACAUCGUCGUCACGGUUACAGGUGUCAUCAUUAGCGGUGGGUAAACUGGCAGUAGAGCACACCUUUCCUGCAAUAUCUGGUGAGAAUUUGUCUAUAAAUUUAUUUUAUUACAUUUUUAUGCCGCCCGGAUCGAAUGAUCGGGGGUAUAUUGUUUUUGGCCUGUCUGUCAUUCUGUCCCAAAACUUUAACCUUGGAGCUACACCAUCUUCUGUAAAGUCACGCAAGUACAUCUGCAGUGAUAAAUUUCCACCCAUUAUGCACUCUCUGACUAUGGUAAUGUGUUCAGGUAAUGUUUCAGAGAGCUAUCACCUGUUGUGUGUGAGUGCAGACGACCGGUAUGCAGCGGCCGCUGACCAUCAGUGUAAUGUGCACAUCUACAGUCUCACACAGCUAAAGCAUGUGUGCAGUGUGCCACGUGACAGGAGUCAGGUGACGGCCAUGGCAUUCAGUGGAGACGGACGGACACUAGUCAUGGCAUACACAAACCAGAAAAUCAUAGAGUUUGAUGUCGAGCAGGCAGAGUAUUCUGAUUGGACGAAGCGCCACGCUGCGAGGUUUAUGUACACAUGGCUGAAGCGCAAGUCAAAAAUCGUCAGCAUCACGUACAACCCGUCCAACCACAACCAGAUUGUGUUCCAUGAUGAGCAGAUGUUCUGUAUCCUCGACAAGACACAGCCGUUCCCAGACCCAAAGUUGAAGUGGUUAGAUCUGUGUACGCCAAACCCUGACCAUCCAUCUGCCUUUCACAUCUGCAAGAACUACAAGUUUCUACUGCACCUGUCCGUGCUGCCAGACAGCUGGUUGGUAGCCGUGGAGCGUCCCCCUCUAGACCUGUACGGUUCCCUGCCUGAGGCUCUCAAGAGGAAGAAGUUUGGAACAUAAGCUGGGGACCGGCCAUGUGGAAACCAUGGAGUAGGGCAAUGGUCAUGUCCAAUCAUUGGAACUGAUGAACAUUCAUGUGAAAGCUGUGGCAUUUUAACUGUGGAUGAUAUUUGUAUUACCAUUAUGUAUGUUAUGUAUAUUAAAAGAUACUAGAAUACA